AUUUUGUGCGGAUCCCGCCCGUCGGCUCCCGGAGGAACUAUUCUUGCAUCCAAGUCACGUGGCGGGAAAAACAGCGCCGGGACAACUGCGAGAAGUUGAGACUCGUCCGCGGCCUACAAGAGGUUCCGUACAACCGUCAUAUCCCCCUUCACAAUGGCCCGGCCUACGCCCAAUUGCCUCACCCAGGCUUUCCAGGCUUUGCGGCUACACUCAUCAACACCAUCCCGCCCGGUAGCCCGCUGCCUGGCCCGACAGACCCGGACGUAUGCGACCGAAGUAGAAGGCCAGCAACCAUCGGCCCUCGCGACACACGAGCAAGCAGCAGCAGCUCCCGAAAUCGACUUUUCAAACUUCUCCCGUCGUCCAGCCCGCAUUGUCCCCGCCUCUCCCUCCUAUUUCUCCGGCAGCCCUCGCUUCAUCGACCACGUCCUGAAGCUGGAGUCCCUGCAGGCCAAGUACGCCUCGCUCCCGACCGUCGCCGCCGGCGACGCACCGCGCAUGGCCUGGUUCAAGUUGGCCCAGUUCCGUGACUACGUGGGCGAACCGGUGCCGAUGAAGAAAUACAAGAGUCUGGUGAAGAUUCUGCAGCAAUUGAACCGUAUCCAGCCGGAGAUGGUCCCCAGCGAGGUCAAGCGCACGCUCGAGUCCUUCCUGCGUCCCGGAAACCCAUAUGCGGUGCAGCAUGUGCAACGGACGGUAGACGAGAAUGGUCGGGCACGCGCCAAGGGCAAGCGUAAGGAGUCGACUGCCGUUGUGCAGUUGGUCGAGGGCGAGGGCGAGGUCCUCGUCAAUGGCAAGUCGCUGGUCGAGGCCUUCCAGCGGGUGCACGAUCGGGAGAGCGCGUUGUGGGCACUGCGCUGCACACAGCGACUGGAUAAGUAUAAUGCGUGGAUUACGGUUCGAGGCGGCGGUGUGACUGGCCAGGCCGAGGCUAUCACGCUGGCAAUUGGACGGGCGUUGCUGUUGCAUGAGCCAGCUUUGAAGCCCGUUCUGCGAAAGGCCGGUGUUAUUUCCGUCGAUGCCCGUCGCGUGGAGAGGAAGAAGCCCGGUCACGUCAAGGCCCGCAAGAUGCCUACCUGGGUCAAGCGUUAAAAGGGGGGGAGAGAAGAUCUUUUGUCGAGCGAUGCUUUUCUACUAUUUCUUUUUUUUUUAUCUAUCAUGUAUUAUUCUACCUGCAUGGCUGCUCGAGUCCGCCAGUCCUGUUCUAUAUCCUGUACAAUGCAUAUGGGGCUUUCCAUGGAAUCAAUGUUAUCGGCCUCUCGCAUUUAACCAAAGUACGGUGUAAGGCGGACUACUCAUGUAUAGACGUACCUGGCAGAAUGAUCUGUCGAUCUAGCCCUAUGCGCAGGGCAGGGUUUGGGUGGUCAGAAAGUUUAAGAAAUUGUCAGCACUGGCAGAUGAUCCACCAGAGCAAACCUUCCUGCUUUGCAUCUAAGAUUUGCACUGGCGGUCUACAAGUCUAUGAUGGAUCGGCUGUUGUACCGCAGAAGAUGCUAUGUGGCGACAUGAUACACAAGGCUUUUACAGAGCUAUCAAAUGAUCCAACAUCACGAUUCGCUCUAUAGCAUCUACUUUGUCUCAUGAUCAAGUCCAAUCACAACCAAGAACACAAACAAUGAC